AUGAAAAAUAAUAUGAUGAAGACGACGGCGAUGACGUCAGAGGAGAAAUAUGUAAGUGAGAAUGAACCAACGAAAUUUCAAGGUACUAGUCUGGUUAGAAAGAAUCUAAAACAUUUGAAAUUGGAAGGAUCCACUACUGAUGAGAAGGAAUCUUCGCAAAUGAUGACAGAAUCGGGUGCAAGAACACAAAGUAAUAAUGAUAUAAAUAUAUCGGCUAUGUCGAAUAACUUGAAACUUAAUAUGAAUAGUGGUGGAUUAUAUGCGAAGAGGGGAAUAAAGAAGAAAUUGACAUUGAAUUCAAAUAAUAAUUUUAGAGGUGGUAAUGGUAUGGUUCCAAACAAUGUUCCUAAUGGUAAUGAUCAUAAAGUUAUUAUUCAACAGAAGUCAAUUAAUGAUACUUUACAAUCGGGAGUUUCAUCUUUAUCGUUGAAUGAUAAUGGUACAAAUCAAUCAAGUAUACAAUCUACUACUUUAAGUUUGCCUGCAAACACCGAUAAAAAUUCAUCUUCUUUAAUAUCUCAUAUUAUUGCGAGAUCGCAACAGCAGCAGCAGCAUAUUAGAUCAAAUAAUUAUAAUAAUAAUAGAUCUCCACAAGGUUCUCCGAAAUAUAAUCGUGAUAAUGUUAUUAACAAUAUUGAUAAUCGCAGUAGUAAUGUUACACACUGUAAUGAUAAUAAAAAUAAGAAAAUGACACAAGGAAAUAAUGAUGAUAGUACACCUUUAAAAACAAUGUCAGCUAUGCCUAAUAUUACAAGAACACAAGUUCCUAAACAUAGAAAAGCUAGUCAAUAUCAAUUACAAGAUUUAGUACAAUUAGGAAAAAUAGGUUCUGGUAACUCAGGAACUGUAUUGAAAGUCUUGCAUGUACCAACAUCGACGAUAAUCUCUAAAAAAGUAAUUCCAAUUGAGAAAAAUAAUGAUAUUAUUAAUAAACAAUUAUUAAGUGAAUUGCAAAUUAUGAAAAACAUUCAACCUCAUCCUAACAUUAUCACUUUCUAUGGAGCUUAUUUAAAACAAUCUGUCAAUUAUGACAUCAUUAUUUUAAUGGAAUACAUGGAUUGUGGUUCGUUGGAUAAAAUAUUACGUGUAUUUAAAAAUUUUGUCAAGAGAGAUCAACAACAAAAUCCUCUCUUUAAACCGCGCACAACAUGGUUUAAUAUACCAUCGGUAAUGUCCAAAAUAUCAUUUGCUGUAUUAUCAGGUUUAAAUUAUCUUUAUACCUAUUAUAAGAUUAUUCAUAGGGAUAUUAAACCAUCUAAUGUCUUGGUAAAUGGAAAAGGUUCUGUCAAGAUUUGUGAUUUUGGUGUAUCAAAAAAAUUGAUUAAUUCUGUAGCAGAUACAUUUGUCGGCACAUCAACCUAUAUGUCACCAGAGAGAAUACAAGGAAAUGGUUAUUCUGUGAAGGGGGAUGUAUGGUCAUUAGGUUUAAUGGUUAUUGAAUUAAUUACAGGUGAUUUCCCAUUAGGGGGUCAUAAUGAUACCCCUCGUGGGAUAUUAGAUUUAUUACAACGAAUUGUUAAUGAACCAGCUCCAACAUUGCCAAAUGAGGAGACAUUUUCACGUAGUUUAAAGGAUUUUGUUGAUAGAUGUUGUGUAAAAGAGGCUAAAGAUAGAGGUUCGAUUAAUGAAUUGCUUCAACAUGAAUUUAUCACUCAUUUCAAUAAUAAUAUAGAUGGUGAAUUGAAUGAAAAAUACGAUAUUGAGUUUAAAAGAUGGUGUAGGAAAAUUAAGUAUAAGGCUAAAGUUGAUAAGCAGAUACGACGUGAUAUGGUAGAGAGGGCUAAGUUUGAAAAAUUGAAACUACAACAAGUAUCGUAA